CAAGUGUAGCAUUUGUGCCAAACUAUAAUGGUUCUUUGGUGUAUAGCAUUUAUCCGUUACAUAGAGAGUAUAUGAAUAUUGGUCCUCUAAAGCUUUACUGGUUGAAGCCUUGGUUACUAUCUAAGUUUCGUUUGUGCAAGUGUUAUGGGCAGCCUGGAAUAGGGAACAUUUUCCCUAGUAUAGAAAUACAAUUGGAAGAAUCUGCAUUGGGUUCUCUGGAAUAUACAGCUUCACUCAAGGAAGAAAAGUCAAACUCAAUCUCACUAUCAAGAAUAGAAGGAAAACAUGAAAUUGAAGCUAGCGUGAAACAACAAAUGGAUAAUGAUGUGAAUCAUUUAAAUGACAUUGGAGUGCCUCUUGUUUCUACAAGCCAUGAGUUGCCUUUGCAAGAAAAGGGUUCCCAUACUUCUAUAGAAGCUGCAGGACCUUCUCUGUGCAUUGCAGUUAUUGGAGCAACUGGCGAACUAGCUAGAAACAAGAUAUUUCCUGCAUUGUUUUCCCUUUAUUGUAGUGGCUUCCUUCCCAAGGUACAUCUUUUUGCCUCCUCUCACAGUUCCUAUGUUAAUGCAUGA